AUGCCGCGUAAACGGGUCAACAAAUCACCAUCUUUUGAAAAGAAGGAUGAUUGUCUUGAUGAUGAUGAUUUUUUGUUCGACGAUACGCAAUCCAGUUCAGGAAGAAGUGGUCAUGAGCCGCAACACAGAAACGCAGCUAACGCCAGAGAGCGGGCUCGUAUGAGGGUGCUGUCAAAAGCUUUUUGCCGAUUAAAAACAACGUUACCCUGGGUACCUGCAGAUACUAAACUGUCGAAACUGGACACACUGAGACUUGCUGCUUCAUACAUCGCUCAUUUAAGGGCUUUGCUGCAUGAACCGCGGUCGGCACACACCCCCCCGCAUCCUUUGAGCCUAGCAUGGCCAUUCACCUUUCAGCAUGGGGGUUCCCUUAGUUGUGCAAUUUCUCAGCGAUGGAAUUUGAGCCCGCAAAUUGAUAAUGCGAAUCGCAAUGUUUCCACCCAAAGGGACAAUGUUCAGACAAGUGCCUGUAAUGAGAAUUACGCACAGGACUAUUCUGAAAACGAUUACGACGAUAGAAACUAUGAAGAAGCUACCAACGAAGCGUCUUAUUCGAAUACGCAGUUCUGCAAUUAUGGUUAUAAAGAGAAUUAUUAUGAAAUGAGAAAUUCUUAUUCUGAUGUUAUGAAUAAUGUGUAA